GUGCCCCGCGGGCAGCCAAUGGGGCGGCGCGUUACUGCGCGGUGCCCGGUUGAGGAAGUGCCGCCGCUGUCCGUGCCCGGCGCUCCCCGUCCGGUUCCGCCGCCCGGGAUGUGCUGAGGGCGCGUCCGCCGCCCCUCCCAGGCGUGAAUGACAGAGGAGGUGCCCCCGACUGCACUGAGGGAUGUGAACCUGCGCCUGCUGUGCCACGAUGACAUAGACACGGUGAAGCAGCUCUGUGGAGACUGGUUCCCUAUAGAGUACCCUGACUCAUGGUACCGAGAUAUCACCUCCAACAAGAAGUUCUUUUCCCUGGCAGCCACGUACAGAGGCUCCAUCGUGGGGAUGAUAGUGGCAGAGAUCAAGAGCAGGACCAAGGUUCACAAAGAGGAUGGAGAUAUCCUAGCUUCCAAUUUUCCUGUGGACACUCAAGUUGCUUACAUCCUAAGUCUUGGAGUGGUGAAGGAGUUCAGAAAACAUGGAAUAGGUUCCCUCUUGCUUGAGAGUCUGAAAGAUCACAUCUCCACCACUGCCCAGGACCACUGCAAAGCCAUCUACCUGCACGUGCUCACCACCAACAACACAGCAAUAAACUUCUAUGAAAACAGAGACUUUAAACAGCACCACUACCUGCCCUAUUACUAUUCCAUCCGAGGGGUCCUCAAAGAUGGCUUCACCUACGUCCUGUACAUCAACGGCGGGCACCCGCCCUGGACAAUCUUUGACUACCUGCAGCACAUUGGCUCCACGCUGGCCAGCCUGAGCCCCUGCUCCAUUCCCCAGAGGAUAUACAGACAAGCCCAGAGCCUCCUCUGCAGCCUCCUGCCCUGGUCUGGCAUUUCUGCCAAGAGCAGCAUCGAGUACAGCCGGACAAUGUGAGGGACCGGGGGCACGGGAACGCAGGAUUGUUUCUCCUUCCACCUGACACCCGGCUCUGGCUCCAGUGAUGACAGCUCCUGGCCGGUGACCCAGCCCCGGAUGGAACUGCCUGUUCCACAGGGCCUGACCUUUGGUAGAACUUCACCCCGGGGCUGCAGCCCCGGCUCCCCCCGGGGGCGGGCCGGGCCGCGGCAGCCCGGGCCCUGGCGUCACUCUCCGUGUGCAUGCUGCACCGUCCCGCCUCUCCCCUCGCCUCGGUUUGCUCCUCCCCACGGCGCGAUGUCGGGGCUUCAGCUGCUGCUCCUGCUCCAUCCACAGCUGCUGAGAGCAGCUGAGGGAGGUUCACGGGUCUGCACUGAGCAACCACUUCAAUGGACUGGGAGAGCCCUGGCUGCAGGGCAGAGCUGCCCUUGUUGCUGGGGAAGGGGGCAGCUGGGGCAGGGGAAAGGGAGGAAUGGCAAUCAUGUUUAGGUCCUGCCACAUCAGCUGCUGGUGCUCCUGUGGGUGACUUCCAGGGAGAGCAACUGCCUCGCAUGAGAAACUACCCAGCCCCACCAGCCCUCUGGAGUGAUGUAAAAAGAAGCAUAGAAUUCAGGAUGCAUAAAGUAGAAGGCAGGGAAUGAAAUUGCUAUUUCAUAGUGAAAUAUAUAUGUAUUAUACUGUAUAGAUCUUUCUGCCUUUGUCCAGGAUGGAAUGUAGCAGGGAGGGGAGCUGGCAGUGUAGAGUCUGGUCCAGAGCCCUUCUCCCCUUCCUUGGCACCAGGCUGGACUUUGCAGGAUCUUGAGGGAUGGGAUGUGAGCACAGAUCACAACAGCUUUCCCUUGCUGAGGAAGGCGCCCCAGCUGCUCAGUGUUGUGCUUUGGGCACCUCUGGCUGUGCUGGGCACUCUCUCAUUGCUGCCCUGAGUAGCUCAUGUGCAGCCAGGCCAGGGGCCCCGCUAUUCCCAUGGCAAAUCCCCUUCCCUGGCCAAGGCUCUUCCCCUGCUCAGCACCAUGUUCCUUAUUCCAGCCUCAUUUUGUAAGUGGGAUGGGAACAGAGGGACCCAUGCCAGAGCAGGGCCUGGAUGGGCUGGCACUGCCAGCUGUGCCAGGGGCUGGGCAGGCCCUGGGGCUGGCACAUGGCUCAGGCUGGGCCUCAGAAGAGCCAAGGAGCACCUUCAGCCUGGAUGGGCACUGAAAGCCCUGGCAGUGACCAGCCCCGGGGUGGCAGCUCACUAAUAAAAGGAGGCAGGAGAUGAGCUGCUGUGACUGGUGCCAGGCUGGAGAGCAGGCAGCCUCAGGGGUUGGCAUGUUUCGUGUCUGAGAGCAGCACCAGGCUGCUCUGGGAGGUGCUGGUCCUUCUGGGGCUCAAAGAAAUGGUAAAGAGGUGUUUACAAGGAGUCAAGCAGGGCAGUGAUGGGAAGCCCAGCCUUUGACACCUUCAAGCCCCAAGGUGCCAGGGCUGCCCUCCUAGUGGGCCUCUUCCAUCCCACGUCAUCCCUGGCUACCCUUUAGUUCAGCAGUGCCAGUGGCACUGGGCAGGCAGCUCCACCCCAGCCCCAGUGCCUCCUCAGGGCCCCUGACACCCUUCCAGCCUCAGUUGUUACCAGUUUGGGGUAUUUUUGCUUAUCCACUUUUACUUAACACAUCUGCUGGUUGAGUUCCUUUAGCAGCCCACAUCCAUUCUUUCUCAGCACUUGCUUUCUCUGGACCAGAAUGAAGCUCUUCCCUCCUGACUGCCUGGGGCUGAUGUGUGUCUGUGUCCCCAGUUUCCCUCCUGUCCCUUACACAACCUAACUCUGCUACUCGAGCACAUCCCAGGGGAGCUGUGACUGGUCUGUGUGUCUUCCUACGACCCUGUCCUGAGGUGUCAGCCCUGUCCCCACCACAGCCCAUUAUUUAUUGAAGAACCUCUUGCUAAACAUCUUCAAUUAAACCAAACCUCUUUUUUGA